AUGACUUCUGAGACUGUUCGGGUGCGAUUCAAUCUGAAGUCGGAUGAUUCCGACACUGUUUCGAAGUGCGAGGAGCUGAUGGCGAUUUUUGGGCUCAAUGCAGAGGAUCUUUUUGUCCAAUGGGAAACAUUUGUGAUGAAUAGCAGCGUGGCAGACGAUCCGUUGCAGUUGAGUGUUGCGAACCUUGGCCGGCUCCAGGAACAUUUGCAGAAGAAGCUGGUCAAGUCGCAGCAGAAGACACCGCUUUCUGCUGUCAAGCGGCCGAUGUUGCGCACUCCUAACAUGAACUUGAUCCCGUCUACCCCCUCCAGUAAGAAGCACCGGCCCAAUGGUCCACGGAGUGCCGACACCAGCAUGACCAGCAUCACCUCGUCACCGCUUGCCUCGUCGCCGGCCAAAGAUGUCACUUCUGGUGAGAUCAUCGAGACUUUGAACGGUCAUUUGGAGCUGAAGCCAGGCUCCAGCACUAAACCAAAGCUUCUGGCCAACUUCAACCCGCAAAAGUACAAGUUCCGGACCAUGAACCAGAAACUCCUGGAGGCCGCAGACUAUCUGGACGAGCAGAUCGACUCGAUGGCCAAAAUCUUGCUGGAGCACUACAAGUUCGACAGCGACGAGUUUGGCAACCCGAAUAUUCAGUCGCAGAGCGAGAUCCUCACCGUGGGCCGUGUUGUGCCCGACUCGCCGCUGACGGCCUCGGACGCGGACCUGAACUCCAGCUCGUUGUUCCUUGAGACCUCGCGACUGGGCGGCAUUGGCCAGCGGGUCAAGCUGGACGUUUCGAGUCUGGAAAACUACUCGUUCUUCCCCGGUCAGAUCGUGUGUUUGCGCGGACAAAACCUCACGGGCGAGUUCUUCAAAGCAACGCAGAUCUACGCCAUUCCGUUCCUUGGCUCCCCCGUCUCGUCGUCCGAGGAACUGCAGUCCUACGAGUAUGGAAACGAUUAUCUUAAGGUGCUGGUCACAGCAGGCCCAUAUACCCCGCAAAAGGAGCUGGACUACUCCCAUCUCGCACAGUUCGUCGAAAGAGUCAACACAGAGGUCCGCCCAGACACGUUGGUGAUGUUCGGUCCGUUUGUGGACGUGAAUCACGUGCAAAUAGCAGACGGGUCUGCCAGGUUCGACGGCCUGGACAAACAGCCAGCCACCUUGGACGACAUAUUUAAUAUGGUGGUUGCGCCGAUUUUGCGGAAACUCGAGUGUCUGGUGAUUCUCGUGCCGUCCACGCGCGAUGCAACCACCAAACACGCUGCCUAUCCUCAGGACUCGUUUGACAGGAAAAGCCUUGGUCUUGGAAAAAACUUCAAGUGUUUCCCGAACCCGGCCACGUUCCAGCUCAACGAGUUCCUCGUGGGCUGCUCCAACAACGAUAUCUUCAAAGACCUCAAGGACGUGGUCGCAGGCUCCGCCAGAAAGGAGUCGCGUUUCGACAGAAUCGCGAAUCACGUGAUCGAGCAGCGCAGAUACUACCCCGUGUUUCCUGGCGGGCUACGACAGAAGCGCAGUUUGAAGGAGCAGGACGAGUCAGCGCACAUUAGCGGAGCAGACCUGCACCUGAGUUAUCUCGGAUUGGCCGAAUUUAACACGUCUUUGCCAGACGUUUUAAUUCUGCCGUCUGAGCUGAAAUCGUUCAGCAAAAUCGUGCAGAACGUGCUGGUGAUCAACCCUGGAACGUUUAUGAGACAGAACUCGGCAGGAACGUACUGCGAGGUGAAUUUCAAGGCGCCCGUGCUGGAGGAGCUGGAAAAAGCAGGCGACGACUCCUAUUUGCAUACGGUUUGGAAAAGAGCACGCGUGGACGUGAGACUAGGUGGACUUCGAUGGCUCUUCCUCGUCUCUCUCAAACAGUCUUGCAAUGGCCUGUUCUUUCUUGAGGCUUUCUGGAGAAGUCUCCGAGAAGUAUUCGCUGAUGAUGGCCUCGCCAAAGAACGAGACGGUUUGCACGAAAAGAACACCAACAACAAUAAAUGGAAGAAUCAGGUACCAAUUGGUCUUGACGGACGACUGCGAAACAGAAGCAACAAUAUCUCCGCCGUUGUACAUCAGAGUGAUGGCAGAAGAAGAAACAGUUCCAACAAGAACAAGAACCUUGAGGAAAGCAGUCCAUGGGUAGACAUUUUCUGUUCUCUCUGGCACUGGGGGUCUGGUGAGUUUCAGCAGCUUGAAGUAAUCGGCCUUGGACUGGAUAAGCUCGAUUACCAACGAGAUGACCGGACCCAAAGACGAGACAGGACCAAACAGAGCAAGGAAUCCGAAUUGAAUCACCAAUUGCCGGAACUCGUCGUCAACAGAGAACUCUGGUAA